AUGAAUUUAACAUUCAGAACCAAAUCAAGACAUGGCUACUCUGUUAAAUUUUCUCCAUAUUUUCCUCAUCGGCUAGCUUGCGUUUCAUCACAGUAUUAUGGCAUUGCAGGUUGUGGCAGUUUGUUUGUCCUGGAUGUCCACCCUGGGGAGAUUAAGCUUGUACAGCUUUUUGACUGGAAUGAUGGACUGUUUGAUCUGACUUGGGCCGAGAACAAUGAAAACCUCCUGGUAACUGCUGCUGGGGAUGGUUCCAUUCAGAUAUGGGAUAUAGCUCAAUCACAGAAUCCACUGAAAGUGCUGAAAGAGCAUACAAAAGAAGUAAAUGCAGUUGACUGGAGCCAAACAAGAAAUGAGCAUUUUGUGAUCAGUGCUUCAUGGGAUCAUCUUAUCAAACUGUGGGAUAUCAAUCACAACCAGUCCCUGGCCACAUAUACAGGGCAUGACUACAUUGUCUACAAUGCUUGCUGGUCCCCUCAUAUCCCAGGUUGCUUCGCAUCUGCUUCAGGUGAUCAGACAGUUAGGUUGUGGGACAGCAGGAAACCGGACAGUGGUGCAGUUGUUAUACCCGCUCACAAAGGAGAGGUUCUGACAUGUGACUGGUGUAAAUAUGACAAAAAUGUGUUGUUUUCUGGAAGUUCUGAUGGCUUCAUCAAAUCCUGGGAUAUCCGUAACCCACAGAGUCCACUGUGUGUGUUAAGUGGACACAAAUAUGCAGUCCGGCGUGUUCGGAGCUCCCCCUUCAGUGGUGCUGUUGUAGCAUCUGCAUCCUAUGAUUUUACAGUCAAAAUAUGGGAUGUCGAAAAACAGACGUGUGUUGAUACCAUAGAGCACCAUACAGAGUUUGUGUAUGGACUUGACUUUAAUUUGCACAUACCUGGACAGCUGGCUGACUGUGGGUGGGAUGAGCAGCUUCAUGUCUUCCACCUUCCUUCACAUCAACCAGGAGCAUUGUAA